AUGAACGCGUCGAAGCAACGCCUAAAUAAUAAAUUUAGGUUCCCUCUAUGGCUCUAUUUAAUUCUCCUACCUCCAAUAUUUUUUCACAACACCAAAAAAUAGAAAGAGAAAAAAAGAAGCCAGAGAACAAACUUGAGGAUCAAUUCUGAAGAACACUUGAAGUAUCACCUGGGCUGCAAGAAUGGACAGGCCAGAGAACUACGAUACAACAGACAAAGGUCUGUUUUCGGGUGCCAUGGGAUAUGCUGCAGGACAUCAUGGUCAUAGUGGUCAUGGAUAUGGAUAUGCACCUCCUUCAUAUGGAUAUCCACCAUCAUACCCGCCUCCUGGUGGAUAUCCACACCAUGGCCAUGGCCAUGGCCAUGGGGGCUAUCCCCCUACCGCGUACCCUCACUCAGGAGGAGGAGGGUACUCUCAUUCUGGUGGCUAUCCUCAUCAUUCAUCUUCCCAUCAUUCAGGCUAUAGACCAAAUAUGGGACUCUUAGCUGGAGGUGCAGCAGCCGUUGCAGCGGUUUAUGGAGCGCACCAUCUGUCUCACGGACACCACCAAUCGCAUGGACAUGGUAUGUACGGCUAUGGUCACCACGGAAAGUUCAAGCAUGGAAAGUUCGGCAAGCAUCAUGGUGGGCAUGGUCUAUUUGGGCGAGGAAAGUUCAAGAAAUGGAAGUGAACACUCAACACUACUUGAUAUUGUCAUCAAACUCAAUAAUACUCUACUUGAAGGAGUCUUCACUCUUUUAUGCAUACUUAUUUCUGGUCUGUGGAGAAAUGGGUCAUCUAUACUUAUAGGUCCUUACUUUUCUACCCUCUACAAUCUAUAGAUAUCCUGUCCCUAACUCUUGUCGCGUGCUUGCAAAUUUCAUAAACAAAUUCAUCUAGUAUGUAUGUUCAGUUUAGUACCAAAUACCAACUUAGAUACUCA